UUAUCAAUACAAACACAAUAAAAGAAAUUCAAGAUCAAUCCUCUUAGUACUAAGUAGCAUUAUUUUAAUUCAUCUGAAAAAUAUUAUUCCUUUUUAUUGACGAUAAAUUUGUAGAAAGUAUAAUUUAUUCAAUGAUUAAAAAUGUGGAGUGCUUGUUUUUACACUGGCAGAGUAGUUGAAAUUUUAUGCUGUAUUAGUGUAUUUUGUGAAAAAAGAUGAUACACUUUGAAAAAUGGCAAGAUGUACAAUUGCAUGUCCCUGCUGCUUGCGUUUCAAAUUCAGUGCUGAUGAAAUGGAACAACAUUACAGAAGUAAAGAAAUUGACAAACUCAUAGAUAAAGAUAAACACCUGUUGCGCCGUCAAGUCAAAUUACUACUCCUAGGAGCUGGAGAAAGUGGAAAAUCAACUUUUCUUAAGCAAAUGCGUAUUAUUCAUGGAAUAAAAUUUGAGCCAGAGCUUGUCAUUGAAUAUCAGCACAUUAUUUAUCAAAAUAUAUUAAGAGGUAUGAAAGUUUUAGUAGAUGCUAGACAAAAACUAGAUAUACCAUGGGAAAAUCCUGAUAAUAAUGAACGUGCAGAGUUUGUUUUAAAAUUUGACAAUCGUACAACAUUAGAUACUAGAUUAUUUCUAGCAUAUGCUCCAUCAAUGUAUUGUUUAUGGAAAGAUUCAGCUAUUAAAAGAGCAUUUGAAAGAAGAAGAGAAUUUCAAUUAAGUGAUUCAGUUCAAUAUUUUCUUGACAAUAUUGAAAACAUUGCAAGAAGUGACUAUUUACCCACAAAUAAAGACAUAUUACAUGCCAGAAGAGCUACUAAAGGCAUUUAUGAAUUUACAAUUCCGAUAAAUAACAUACCUUUCAGAUUUGUUGAUGUAGGUGGCCAAAGAUCCCAAAGACAGAAGUGGUUUCAAUGUUUUGAUUCUGUUACUUCAAUAUUGUUUCUGGUUUCUUCAUCAGAAUUUGAUCAAGUCUUAGUGGAGGAUAGAAAAACUAAUAGACUUGAAGAAUCAAAAAAUAUUUUUGAUUCAAUUGUAAAUAAUGUUAUAUUUCGACGAGUUUCAAUAAUUCUUUUUAUGAAUAAAACUGACCUUUUAGCUGACAAGUUAAAAAGAAAAGAAACCAAUAUCAAAAAUUAUUUCUCAGACUAUACUGGAGAUCCUCACAGUUUACCAGAUGUGCAGGCAUUUUUAUUAGAUUUCUUUCGUCAAGCUAAGCGUGAUCCAAGAAAAUCUCUGUUUCAUCAUUUCACAACUGCUGUAGAUACAGAAAACAUCAAAGUUGUAUUCAAUGCUGUUAAAGAUACAAUUCUUCAUAGAAAUUUGGAGUCAUUAAUGCUUCAAUAAUAUUUAUUAUUCAUUAAGCGGGUAUUUGUUAUGAAUUUAUCUCAUUGAAUUUUAAGUAAUCAAAUUACCUUUAAUGUAUUUUAUAAAGUCAUUGCCUUUUAUAUGUAUCUCAUUCUUAUAUUGAAGUCUUCCUCUGCACAUGGUAAAACCUUUAUAUUUCUAUAAAUUUAAUCAAAUUUAUGUAAGUUUUUGUAAUUUUAAUAUACUAGAUUCCAUAAAUAAAAUGACCCAAUGAAAGACAAGUGAAUUAUGCCAUUUUCAUUAUUGUAUUACUGUUAAUUAAAAAUUUUACAUUUUUUUAUGAAAAUAAAGUAUAAGUUAAUUGUUUGUAUAAUUUAAAUUGCACUUAAGUGUAAUAAUCCAGUAUUUUGCAUUUAUUUUUAAAAUUUAAAUAUAUGCUUAAAUUAAGUAAAAUAUCAUUUUUCCUUUU